GGCGCAGUCACCGUAUAAGCGGCGGACGGGCGGGCGCUUCGCGGUUUGAAUGGCUACGGGCCCGGGCCUGCAGCUCACCUGAGGACUGGCCGCCCGAGGGUGCGCCAUGCCAUCUGGAGGCGACCAGUCGCCGCCGCCCCCGCCACCCGCUCCGGCGGCGGCAGGCUCCGAGGAAGAGGAAGAGGAGGAAGAGGACGACGACGGGGAGGCGGAGGACUCCGCGCUGCCGACCCGGACGCCGACUCCGCAGACCCAGCAGCGGUUCGACGAGCUGUGCUGCCGCCUCAACAUGGACGAGGCGGCGCGGGCGGAGGCCUGGGACAGCUACCGGAGCAUGAGCGAGAGCUACACGCUGGAGGGAAAUGAUCUUCAUUGGUUAGCAUGUGCCUUAUAUGUGGCUUGCAGAAAAUCUGUGCCGACUGUAAGCAAAGGGACAGCUGAAGGAAACUAUGUGUCUUUAACUAGACUCCUGCGAUGUUCAGAGCAGAGCUUAAUUGAAUUUUUUAACAAGAUGAAGAAAUGGGAAGAGAUGGCAAAUCUACCCCAAGAUUUCAGAGAACGGACUGAGAGACUAGAAAGAAACUUCACCGUUUCUGCUGUAAUUUUUAAGAAAUAUGAGCCCAUUUUUCAGGACAUUUUUAAAUAUCCUCAGGAGGAGCAGCCUCGUCAACAAAGAGGAAGGAAGCAGCGGCGUCAGCCCUGUACCGUGUCUGAAAUUUUCCAUUUUUGUUGGGUGCUUUUUAUAUAUGCAAAAGGCAAUUUCCCCAUGAUUAGUGAUGACUUGGUCAACUCUUAUCAUCUGCUGCUGUGUGCUUUGGACUUAGUUUAUGGAAAUGCCCUUCAAUGUUCCAAUCGUAAAGAACUUGUGAACCCUAAUUUUAAAGGCCUGUCGGAAGAUUUCCAUGCUAAGGACUUUAAGCCUUCCUCCGACCCGCCCUGUGUCAUUGAGAAACUCUGCUCUUUACACGACGGCCUAGUUUUGGAAGCAAAGGGAAUAAAGGAACACUUCUGGAAGCCCUACAUAAGGAAGCUCUAUGAAAAGAAGCUCCUUAAGGGAAAAGAAGAAAACCUUACAGGGUUUCUAGAGCCUGGGAACUUUGGAGAGAAUUUGAAAGCCAUCAGUAAGGCCUACGAGGAGUACGUUCUGACUGUUGGGAAUUUAGACGAGCGGGUAUUUCUUGGCGAGGACGCUGAAGAGGAAAUCGGGACGCUCUCCAGGGCUCUGAGUGCCUGGGCGGGAGCGGAGCCCGCCGAGAGAGUGCAGGCGAAGAACAUCUUGCAGCAGCACUUGGACAAGUCUAAAGCACUUAGAAUCUCCACGCCGCUCACUGGGGUGAGGUACAUUAAGGAUAAUAGCAGCCCUUGCGUGACUCCGGUCUCUGCAGCCACACACAGCCUGAGCCGUCUCCACACCAUGCUGGCGGGCCUCCGAAACGUACCCAGUGAGAGACUGGGACAGAUCCUGAGAACAUGUUCUAGAGAUCCAACCCAGGCUAUUGCCAACAGAUUGAAAGAAAUGUAUGAAAUAUAUUCUCAGCAUUCCCAGCCAGAUGAGGAUUUCAGUAAUUGUGCUAAAGAAAUUGCUAGCAGACACUUCCGUUUUGCAGAGAUGCUUUACUAUAAAGUAUUAGAAUCCAUUAUUGAGCAGGAACAAAAGAGACUGGGAGACAUGGAUUUAUCUGGCAUUCUGGAACAAGAUGCAUUCCACAGAUCACUCUUGGCCUGCUGCCUAGAGGUUGUCACUUUUUCUUAUAAGCCUCCUGGGAAUUUUCCAUUCAUUACUGAAAUAUUUGAGGUGCCACUUUAUCACUUUUAUAAGGUGAUAGAAGUCUUCAUCCGAGCAGAAGAUGGCCUUUGCAGAGAGGUGGUGAAACACCUCAAUCAGAUUGAAGAGCAGAUCUUGGAUCAUCUGGCCUGGAAGCCAGAGUCUCCGCUCUGGGACAGGAUCAGAGAGAAUGACAACCGAGUCCCUGCCUGUGAAGAGGUCAUGCCACCUCAGAACCUGGAAAGAGCAGAUGAAAUUUGUAUGGCUGGCUCCCCUUUGACUCCCAGAAGAGUGAGUGAAGUUCGCGCUGAUACUGGAGGACUUGGAAGAAGCAUCACCUCGCCAACCACAUUGUAUGACAGGUACAGCUCCCCAGCCGCCAGCUCCACCCGAAGGCGGCUCUUUGUCGAGAACGACAGCCCCUCUGACAGAGGAGCACCAGGGCGCGCGCCCCCACAGCCCCUGGUCAGUGCUGUCCCCGUGCAGAAUGUGACUGGGGAGGCGGUUCCUGUCACACCAGUUCCUGGACAGACUUUGGUCCCCAUGGCAACAGCCACCGUCACAGCCAACAAUGGACAAACUGUGACCAUUCCUGUACAAGGUAUUGCCAAUGAAAAUGGAGGGAUAACCUUCUUCCCGGUCCAAGUCAAUGUUGGGGGGCAGGCACAAGCCAUGACGGGCUCCAUGCAGCCCCUCAGUGCCCAGGCCCUGGCUGGGAAUUUGAGCUCUCAACAGGUGCCAGGAACCACCUUGCAAGUCCCGGGUCAGGUGGCCCUUCAGCAGCUCUCCCCGGGUGGACAGAAGCAAGGCGCCCCCUUACCCAGCGGCGGCAGCAGGCCCAGGAAGACCAGCUCUUUAUCGCUGUUCUUUAGAAAGGUUUACCACUUAGCAGGUGUCCGCCUUCGGGAUCUUUGUGCUAAGCUGGAUAUUUCCGAUGAACUAAGGAAAAAAAUCUGGACCUGCUUUGAAUUCUCCAUAAUUCAGUGUCCUGAACUUAUGAUGGACAGACAUCUGGACCAGUUGUUAAUGUGUGCCAUUUAUGUGAUGGCAAAAGUCACCAAAGAGGACAAGUCCUUCCAGAACAUUAUGCGUUGUUACAGGACUCAGCCACAGGCCCGGAGCCAGGUGUAUAGAAGUGUUUUGAUAAAAGGGAGAAGGAAAAGAAGAAAUUCUGGCAGCAGUGAAAGCAGAAGCCAUCAGAAUUCUCCAACAGAACUAAACAAAGACAGAACCAGUAGAGACUCCAGUCCUGUCAUGCGGUCCAGCAGCACCUUGCCUGUCCCACAGCCCAGCAGCGCCCCUCCUACACCCACCCGCCUCACAGGUGCCCACAGUGACCUGGAGGAGGAGGAGAGGGGAGACCUCAUCCAGUUCUACAACAACGUCUACGUCAAACAAAUUAAAACAUUUGCCUUGAAGUACUCACAGGCCAACAUGACGGACGCCCCUCCGCUGUCCCCCUACCCAUUUGUAAGAGCAGGCUCCCCUCGCCGCGUGCAGCUGUCUCAGAACCAUCCCGUCUACAUUUCCCCGCAUAAACACGAAAUCGUGCUUUCUCCUCGAGAAAAGAUUUUCUACUACUUCAGCAACAGUCCUUCAAAGAGACUAAGAGAAAUUAACAGUAUGAUACGGACAGGAGAAACUCCAACCAAAAAGAGAGGGAUUCUUUUGGAAGAUGGAAGUGAAUCACCAGCCAAAAGAAUUUGCCCAGAAAAUCAUACCGCCUUAUUACGCCGUCUCCAAGAUGUAGCUAAUGACCGAGGUUCCCACUGAGUGCUUGCCAUCAAGGCUGCUUAGAAUCCAGUUUGGGAUUUGUUAACUCUUUGGCACAGCUUUUACAGGUAUUGUAGAGAACAAAGCAUGCUGAAACGUGUGCGGUCUCUGCUGGCCCGCCCAGCACAGGGCUGUUUCAGUCCCUUCUACCUACCUGUUUGUGGUCUGCUCUGGCGCUCAUGAAAAGCAACACAGAAACUAGGUACUCUGUCCUAAAACACUUGGUAGGAGUUGGGAGAACUUUGCAUUUUAGAAACACCAGGGAGAGGGCCCAGACUCAGAUGGCCCGCGUCUCCCGGUCCGUGUAGCCUUCCCUCCCGUAGGUGCGGUGCAGUGUGGCAGGUGCUUGCGUGUUUGGUGUGUGGUGUGUGUGAGUUGUGUAAGAAGUGGCACUUUUGGGCUGUAAAAAGCAUGACUUCGUAACCUAGGUUUUGCUGUAUAUUGUGAUGGCACUUUCUACAAUGUGAACUUUAUUAAGUACAAAACUGCUAGGAUAAACACUCAACAUCCUCUUUGAUGCUUUUGUACAUUUUUAGAACUGUUAAAGCCCCACUAGCCACUUUUGGGGCACAUAUUUUAAAUUUUCCAGGUUCCUCUCCCCCCCCCCCCCCCCCCCAUUAAUAGGGAUCAGCUGGCUAAGUGAAGAUUUUUAAAUCAAGUUGAAUUAAGGGAAUUAAUAUGAAAAAUUAUGGCCUCUUCCUUUAGGAGGUAGUUAUCCAAAAGACAUGUGUCUAAUAAGGUGAUGCAUUUUAAAGUAUCUUUGGGUAUGUUCCUGGCAGUUUAAAAAAAGAGUUUAGGUUUUCAUUGAGUACACAGUACCAGUCAUACAAAUUAGAAAAGGUUAUUUAACAGGUAUUGAAGUAUCUAUAUAUAACUUUAUUAAUCAGUAUUGUUCCAGCAGUUUUUAAGUCGAAUGAAUAAUAUUAGGGAGAAAAUUCAAUUGUAAAUUGAAUCAGUAUAAACAAAGUUACUAGGUAACUUCAUAUUGCUCUGAAAGAAAUAUGGAACUUAUUACACUGUUCAGUUAGAAUAGUGUUCUGCAAAAAUAUUUAUAAAACCUCUCCAGAUACUUACUGCUACUGUAAUUUUAUAUGAAAAUAAGUGUAUUUUUCAAUAAAGCAUUUAUAAAUUAAUCUUUGUUCAGUUAU